AGAAAAGACCUUCGACACAGUCUUGAAAAAGCUUGGUUACUUGACAGUCGUGAAGAGGGUUUCCAAUGAGUCGAUGUUGGCUGCUCAAGAACAAGUGAAGAGUAACCCUGCAUAUGCUGUGAAUGGAGAGGACCAAAAAGGUGUUAGCAGUUGUCAACUGGAGUAAGGCCAAUGAAACUUCAGCAGUAAGCCAUGAGGUCCCUAUGACAAAAGAGCUGUUGACUUAUCUCUGUGAGACACAAGGGUUCCAUGUUGCAGAGGUGGCACAUGACUUUGUAUUACAGCUAAAAACAUGGAUCUUGUCAAAAGGAAUGCUUAAUUCCUUUGACUCUUGGCAUGGUGCAAAGUCUGUGACUAAAGCAAUGAAGAAAGUUGCCUCAGGACCACAGAGGGAUGAGGGCUCAAAGUGGUUUUUUGAAUUGUCCGACAAAGUGAAAAGUACAAGGACUCAUGUGUACUUCUGCAUGAAGAACAGUCCACCCACUGAAGAAGAAUUUCAGGGUACACUGUUGAAUGUAGUUGACCAUUACCAUGGUAAUCAUGUCAGAUGCCAUGCAGAGUCACGGUGCAAGCAGAAUGGCUAUGUGAUGAGCAAAAGACUGUUAACUAAACCUGAAGCAGUAGCUGCCUACAGGAAAGCCAUUAUGAGCACUUCAAUUUAUAGGCAUGCAUCGGACUACAUGCGGUGCAGGGAAACAUAUUGGAUUGAGUCUCUCCAUUCAGUGAUGCUCAUUUAUGCUGCAAAGCGGAUUCAUUAUGGGGAUGACUCAUACAACAUGCGCAUGGAGUUAGCCAUUCUUGAUUGGAAUGAAAAUGUGAAUCAAGAAGCAUUGUCUCUACAGAUGUACCAACAUACCAGGUAUCCAAACCGCUUGGCAGAGACCAGGGUGCUUACUUCAAAGACAUUUAAUUUCAGAGAAACUAUCUGGUCUACCUUUUUUAAUAUAAACAAAUGAUGUCUCAUCUGUUUUCCAUUGCACCACAGUUUCUGUGAUAAUUACAACUAGGAGCCCAAAUAUCCUGUAAAAUAUGUGAGGUCAUUAGGGAGGACCAAUUCUACCAACUGCUGGUACUAAGUGAUGAAAACAUGAGUAUGAGGUUUGACACUAGGUAUUUUCCAAGCAGACUCAUUAUCUGUUACUUUUCUCUGCACUGUAUAUCUUUUCCUAACUUAUAGGAAAGUCACUAUAAUUUGCUGUGUGGACAUUAUAAAAUGGACCAUAAACAAUUUGGUACUUGGGCUCUCUUUGACGUGGGCAUUUGAAUGAGAAUUUUAUUAUUCCCUUUUAUGCCCCAUAUAGGGAAUACCAGGAGGGUUAGGAAACCUUGACCUCACAUCUUUUAUAACACAAUUGGGCAUCCUUUCCCGCACAGCAUUAACG